AUGGGGCAAAAAGAUAAACUAAUUAGGAAAUUUGUGCUAAUUAUUAUUUCUGGACCUAGUGGGGUUGGAAAAAGCGAAAUAGCAAAAAGACUAUCAACUUAUCGAGAACUAAACAGUCAGCAAUUAAUUUACUCUACUACCCGCCCACCAAGGCGAGGAGAAAUGGACGGUCAAGACUAUUAUUUUGUGAGUAGGGAAGAAUUUCGAAAAAGAGUUGUUAAUAAUCAAUUCUUAAAUUACGUUAAAUAUAAUAAUAAUUAUUACGGAAUUCCACUAAACAGUUUAAAGAAGGAGUUGUUGACUAAAAAUGUACUUCAAAUUGCUAAUGUAGAGGGAUUUCGAAAAAUGAAAGAAGUGGAAGAAGAAAUAAAAAAACGAUUAAUUAUUGAUGGGAGAGAAACACCUUUUAUCAAAGAAUACGACCACAUUUUUACGGUUAAUGACAAUUUAGACCAAGUGGCCGAAAAGAUUAAAAAGAAAAUACUUUUUUCAAUUGAACAAGAACAACAUAAAAAUCAACAGCGGUCCAAAAUUCUUCAAUCCCCUCCUAAAUCUCCUUAA